AAAAGACAGAGAAUUGAAUGAAGUAUCGAAGGGCAAAACCUUGGGAAACUCUUGGUGCGACGCAUUGUUCAACUCUAGAACCAAAUACGUUCAAGUUCAAUGCAAUCAAUGUCCACGGAUGACGCUAGGAGCGUAAUUGAGGAGAAAUUUCUUCUUCUUUCUUUGCCAAAGGCUCGGGGGAUGUCAACAAUGUACGAUGUUCAGGCCAAUCUAAGCCCACUGAAGAUGCUAAUGUCAAGUAGAUUCAACCAAUUAGUUUGUAGUAGUGGGCAACUAAACACGCAAGAAAUGGCCCAACCCAAUGUUUUUUAUCCAUCGAUAUUAAAGGGAAAGACACAUAACUAGCGAACCGUGAUGUCGUCCUGUUUCUGCACUCACUCAAUUCCUGUAAUGGAGUCACUCCUACAGUACCCUGCAAAAGUUGUUGCUCCGAGGCUUCGAAAACUGAAAACUGGAAGUGGGUUCUUCGGAAACCAGAGCUCUUUCUUGAAAUUACCGCAAGAGAACUCUUAUCUUGGUCGUAGAAAGCGUUUAAUUGUGGAGGCAAAGAAGAACAAGAACAAGGACGAAAAGCACGACAGUCACAGUUUCAUCCCCAAACCAGAUGAGACCACUGGGUUUUUCCCUGAAGCUGUCCUUCUGAAGGAGAAGAAAGUUCAGGAAGAUGGUAGACUUCUCCCUGAGUUUGCUGAUGAUGAAGAACAAGAGUUAUAUGAAUCUCUCAACCUUCAGCUGCAAAGUGCAUUGAACGUUGAACGCGUGCGCCACUAUGAGGUUGUUUAUUUGAUUCAUGAGAAGCAUGCAGAAGAGGUUGGAAGUGUCAAUGAGAAAGUUCAAGAUUUCUUGAGGGAGAAGAGAGGCAGGUUAUGGAGAUUGAAUGAUUGGGGCCUUCGAAGACUAGCAUACAAGAUAAGGAAGGCUAAGAAUGCCCACUACAUCUUGAUGAACUUUGAGUUGGAAGCUAGAUGGAUUAAUGAGUUUAAGACCAUGUUAGAUAAAGAUGAAAGAGUCAUUCGGCAUUUGGUGAUAAAAAGAGAUGAGGCAAUCACUGAGGAUUGUCCGCCUCCACCUGAGUGGCACACUCUUCGUGCAGGUGGAGAUGAUUAUGAUGAAGAAGAAGAUGAUGCAGCAGAUUACGAUGAUGUGUAUGAAGUCGAAGAUGAUGAAGACCUCACAGAGGAUUGGGAUGGAGAGGAUGAUUUGGAUAUCUUUGAAGACAAUGAUGUUGAAGAUGGUAUCUUUGCUGGAAAAGAUGAUGACAUAGAAGAUUUGAAUGGUAAAUCGGCUAGUGUAGCUAAUACAGGUAAACGAAAUCAUAAAGCUGAGAAACUUGCUAGAUAGGUACUUUAGUCUGUACACCUUUUUGUAUUUGGGUUUGAGGGCCAUUCUUGGAAGGUUUGCAUUGUAGCUUUAUGAAAUUUCAUGACUGUUAAGUAUGAAAUGAAGAAAUUAUAUUGAUAUUAA